GAGCAGGGCAAAGAGAGCAGGCUGGUCGGGAGGGAGAUUAAUGGUCCUAAUGUCGUUACUUCCUUACAGUUUCCUCUCUUUCUUCCAUUUCUCGCUUCUUUCUUAGUUCUUCUUACGCCGGUUGCUCUUACCAACUAACUGGUAGCAGCUAACCCAACCAACCAAUCCUAUCCGGUCUUGUUCGGUGCGCUGCUGCUGCUGCUGCUUUACUGCUAGCUGUGCCCUUCUUUUUUCUCUUCCUUUUUUCUUUGUUUCUAAUUUUUCUCCUCGCCACCUAUCUACAUCUCUCUUUCUCCUCCGCCGCUCUCUUCAUCAUUUGGCCCAAUGGCCCUUUUUUAGGAUGCGAAAAAGAUAUGAGCUAUUUUAUUAGAUUGAAGAAAGCGAAGCUAAUGUGUGUGUAUGUGUUUAUUGUGUCUCAAUGUCCGCUCCUUGUUCUUGUGUGUUGUGUCGUGUGAAGGAAUGCGAGCGAAAAGAUAGCUUUUUGUUCUAAUUCUGUUCCAAUUCAAACAAUUCAUCUCCAAACUUUCAAUAUCCCUUACACGCUAUUUGCUGUUCUUUCUCUUCGUUUUUUUCUCAAUCUUUUUUUACCAUCCAACUCAGUGAGCGGUGGCGUUAUUAUCCUGCAUACUAAUACUAGUGUUGUUAUUAUUACUAUCGGUGCUGACUUGCGGUGGAUCGUUUAUUGUUAUUAUUUUUCUUUUUUAAACAGUUUAAACUCUCCACCAGAAUAUUUUUCCACUUCAAAUUGCUGGUGAUCCUAUAGCUGUGUGGCUAUUUCAUGCCAUAUUCGCUUACUUUUUCGCAAUUCCAUCUACAAACAUAAAUCACCAGUUUGCUUGCUAACUUUUGAAUAUCGGUAUAAUUUACCACGCUGGCUUUUAUGGCACAUAAAACGGAGUUAUUUAUUGCUUUUUUUAAGAUCAACUAAUUUAUUGUUUUAGAUUUAGUUUAACAGUCUGCAAGUCGGAUUACUUUCAGUCAACCGAUCUGAAUCCCAUUUAGGUCAUUUGGGCGUGAAAUGGUUAAAACUUAGCGACCGGACGUGAACAAAGAAAGUUGGAAAAUAGCAAGCGCGGAAACAUUCUCUUUUGCGUCGCGAUGGCCACCCGAAAAUUUCGCUGCUUUGGACAUUCGCGACUGAAAAAUAACCGAAGUCAAGUUCCCAUGCACCUUUAAUACUCAUUGCAUACUUUUCGAAAUUUCUUCCAGCCAGUCAGCUUACGUCAGCCAAUUUCUUCUGGGCGAAAUCCUGCUUGUUGUUACCGAGAAAAUAUUAUUGAGCAAUUUUUGUUAUAAUUGUGCUCCUCGACAUUCGAGGCGUAAUAGUUUUACUUGUAUUUCUUGACCACACUUUUUUGAGCUUUUUAUUUCUCAUCAGUAAUCAAAUUUCGAAUCAGAUUGCAAACAUGACAAACAACGCCUCAGCUUCAGUUGACGGCGACCCAUUUCUAAAUAUAGAAACCCACUCUCAUAUCAAACCCCUGACACGCGAUGCCCUUCGCAAAAUGCACAAAGCGGCAGUCGGGCCCAACUCGCUGGUGAACUCGAGUGGCGCCGAAGAACACAACGAGCACUCGCGAGUCAACAAGAGCAUCUCCAACUCCCUCGCCGUUCCGGGCACGCAACCUGGCGGCAGCGGUGGCGAAUUCCCACCAAGAUUAUCCAUCAGCCAGCGGAGUUUAUCAAUCGCGCUGGCGUUGGAGGCGCAGCAUCGUGCACAGAAUGAGAGCAAGACGUGUGGGUGUUUUCCCCCCUUAUGUGCGACUGAGGGCGCUGAUCAUGCGUUGGAGGAGGACAGACCCAAUGCGGACCUGGACGAGGGUAGGAACCUACCCUCGAUCUACGAACCCCUUUCAGCAGAAAUGGAGGGCAUUCCUCUUGAGGAAAUUGACGCCAACAGGAAGCGACAGAAAACAUUCGUCAUCAUCAGCAAACGCAUGGGCAAGCACUCGAUCUACCGAUUCAGCGCUACCAGGGCCCUCUUUUUGUUGGGACCCCUGGAUGUGGUGAGGAAGGGGGCUCUGUUCGUGGCCACCAACCAGUGGUUCGACGCCGUCGUCAUCCUCUGCAUCCUCAUCAACUGCGUCUUCCUAGGACUCAGUAACCAGGUCAAGGUCGCCGAGUAUGUGUUCCAGGCCUUCUACACGAUCGAGAUGAUAAUAAGAGUGACAGCCAGAGGCUUCGCUCUCAACAGAAACACAUACCUGCGCGAUCCCUGGAACGUGCUCGAUUUUGCAGUCAUCAUUAUAGGUUACGUCAUCAUCGUGAUGGAGGAGACGAACAGUGGGCCGAAUAUGUCCUUCAACGUGUCCUCUUUGCGCACCUUCCGAGUGCUGCGUGCCUUGAAGACCAUCUCAGUCGUACCAGGUCUUCGGACGAUAGUGAAUGCACUGUUGAAAUCUCUCCGGAUGUUGAUGGAGGUGAUGGUUCUCACUCUCUUCUGUCUCUGUGUGGCCGCCCUGCUCGGCCUCCAACUGUACAUGGGAGUACUACGCAACAAGUGUGUCCUCAAUGCACCCAAACCCCUGAACCACUCAGAGUAUGACUCAUGGAUCAAUGAUGAAUACAACUAUUACCUCCUGUCCAGCAUCGCAGCGCCUCAGCUGUGUGGAAACUACUCCUACUACAUCCCAGUGUGUCCGAAGAAUUACACGUGUAUAGAGGUGGGCGAUAAUCCGAACAGUGGCUACACAAACUUCGACACGUUCGGCUGGGCCAUGAUGACCUCCUUUCAACUCAUUACACUCGACUUCUGGGAAAACGUCUACGACUACCUGUUGCGUGCAGCUGGCCCCUGGCACAUCUCCUUUUUCAUAAUCCUCGUUUUCUUUGGCUCCUUCUACCUCAUCAACCUCAUGCUGGCUGUGGUGACCAUGUCCUACGAAGAGGAGAGCGACUCGGUCGAAAAAGAAGAAAAGGAAGAGCAGGAGACCAAAGAGCAAAUGGAACAACUGUCUAAGUGGAAGAAACAAGAACAAGAAAAAGCUGCUGCAGCUGCCGCUCUCAUUGCUGCUGGAGGCGCCGCCACCGGUUUGAAUCCAGGCGGGAAUCGUAAGAUUUCGACUGGCAGAAAAAUUUCGAAGAGUUUUGGUGAGGAAAGUGACAAAGAAGGAACUAGAAAUCGAAAAACGAAAUCGAGCACCGUCUCGGAACCCGGUGACAUAGCGGGUGCCGCCGCUGCAUCCUCGGAUCUUGCCUCCUCAAAAACAAAGAAUAGCAUCAAGGGGUCGCAAGAUAAACUAGCCGACAGCGAAAAGGCUCAAGCGAAAAGAAACAGCUGGUCGAGGUUUAAAGAGUCCGGCAAGAGGGGUUCCGAAGGGGGUGCUUUGGGCGAUACUAUUGAUGAAGGUAUUGGGGACGAUGGGGAGGAAGAAGAUCUGGACUUCGAAGACGACGAUGACGAUGAAAGCAGCCAGGGUCUCCCAGAAGAUCCUCAGAAACAGUUGGAGCGAUUGAAUUCUAUGUGGUGUUGUGGCAAUGGCUGCACCAAGGGCUGCUGUGGAUGUUGCGGGCCACCCGACACCAACAGAUGGCUCCCGGUACAACUUGUUGUCUACAAGUGGGUCACAGACCCCAUUUUCGACAUAAUUGUCACUCUGCUAAUCGGGCUGAACACUCUAUUCUUGGCUCUCGAUUACCACAACAUGCCAGCUACUCUGGAAGAAGUUCUGGGAUGGGGAAAUCAAAUUUUCACCGCUUUCUUCAUGGUAGAAGCGCUUCUGAAGAUAAUAGCGAUGGGCAGCGAGUACUUCAAGAACAGCUGGAACGUGUUCGACUUUGUGAUUGUUCUGUUCAGUAUUCUAGAGGUCAUUAUAUCGGCGGUGUUUCGUAACGACGGGUUCGAUGGACUUACCAUCCUACGAGUACUUCGAUUGAUGAGGGUGUUCAAACUGGCUCGCUCUUGGGCUACAAUGCGGGUUCUGCUGGCCAUCAUCUGGAGUACUAUGGGCGCUUUGGGUAAUCUGACUCUGAUUCUGGUCAUCGUGAUCUACAUCUUCGCUGUGAUAGGCAUGCAACUAUUGGGAGACGGAUACACGCAGAUGAAAUGGGACGAACUGGGCGACCCGCUGCCUCGGUGGAACUUCAGCAACUUCUUCCACUCCUUCAUGAUGGUGUUCCGCAUCCUCUGCGGAGAAUGGAUCGAGGCCCUGUACGACUGCAUGCGGGCCAAGGGAGAGAUACUCUGCAUGGCCAUCAUCCUCUCCACUCUCAUCAUCGGAAACUUCCUCGUGUUGAAUCUGUUUCUGGCGUUACUUCUGAACAAGUUCAACCAGGAGAACCUGAAGAAAGAGCAGAAGAAGGAACGAAGUCUCAAGGUUGGUUGGAAGAGACUGCAGGGUUUGCUGAAGAAGAACACGAGGGUACAACCCAGACUGCUGGACGUCAUUAAUGCAGCGAAGACUGCCACAGGACAGGACAAUGGAGGCGGAGACGGGAGUGGCAGUGAUCCACAGCAAACGAUCAGUCCCCUUCUGAUGGCUUUACGAAGAGCUAAAGCCGAGGGCCGACUCGAUGACGUCAUUGAAAACACAAACGACCCUGGAAACGAGUCAAUGAUGCAUGGCGCCGACAACCAGUCCAAUGGACAUGUCAGAUCCUUCAAAUCUUCUUCUGCUGCAACACGAAACGGCACCGACAACUCGAGUUCGGGACUUGGCCGAGCGUCGCAGAUCUCUCGGGACAACCGCGGCGGUCACCGAGUCUCGUUCCAAAAGCAGGAUGAAGACGAAAAGGACAGUAUUGGCGACUCGUCGGCAGAAGUAGAAUUGGUAGACUGCUUUCCGGAAGCACUUACGACUAACUGUUCGGGAUACACGACUCUUCUGGAUUCGAGUACUGUGGGUAAAGCGUGGAUUGAACUGAGGCGAAGAUGUUUCAACAUUGUAGACCACCGUUUCUUUGAGUGGUUCAUUCUGGGCUGUAUUCUCAUCAGCAGUAUAUCAUUGGCGUUUGAAGAUAUCUACCUGAAGCAAAGGCCGACCUUGGAGUCGACUCUGGUGUACAUGAACUACUGCUUCGUCUUCAUCUUCUCAACGGAAAUGCUGUUGAAGUGGCUGGGACUGGGAUUCACAGUCUACUUCACCAAUGGCUGGUGCUGUCUAGACUUCCUUAUCGUACUCGUGUCCAUAAGUGGUAUCGUGGUUGAGAACGUAGCUAACGUGGAGAGUCUGGACGCCUUCCGAUCUCUCCGGACCCUCCGAGCACUCAGACCCCUUCGAGCCAUAUCCCGCUGGCAGGGCAUGAAGAUAGUGGUGAAUGCACUGGCCUCUGCCAUCCCCUCCAUCCUCAAUGUGCUCCUGGUUUGCAUAGUGUUCUGGCUCAUCUUCAGCAUCAUGGGAGUGCAGCUGAUGAAGGGUCGUUUUUACGCCUGCUACGAGAGAGCCUCAGGGGACAUGUUGGAGUGUGGAGACUUCCCGGAUGUGGAGAUGACGAGAGAGUGGUGUGAGAACCACACGGAGUACAGGUGGACCAACCAGAAGGUCAACUUCGACAACGUCCUAGCCGGAUAUCUGGCUCUGUUCCAAGUGGCGACGUUUGAGGGUUGGAUGGAGGUGAUGGCUGCUGCGACUGACAUCACAGACUAUGACAGACAGCCCUGUUUGGAGUCAAAUAUCCUCAUCUACCUCUAUUUCAUCUUCUUCAUCAUCUGCGGCUCCUUUUUCACCCUCAACCUCUUCAUCGGAGUCAUCAUCGAGAACUUCAACCGACUCAAGAAAAAGUAUGAUGGAGAGGGCCCAGUGGACAUUAUGCUAACUGAAACUCAGAGGAACUACUACAAUACUUUGAAGCGCCUAGGAGCACGCAAGCCCAAAAAGACUGUGAAACGACCCAAGUUCCACGGUCAUGAAGAUUGGAACCAGAUCCUAGCGUUCUUCUUUGACAUUUCGACCUCGACCAAGUUUGAGAUAGCGAUAGCCAUAGUGAUUCUGUCGAACAUGAUCACUAUGGCCAUGGACCACUACAAGAUGAGUGACAUCUGGAACUAUGCGCUGUUCUGUCUCAAUAUCAUGUUCACCACCAUCUACUCCCUCGAGUGUAUUGUGAAGAUAGUGGGACUGAGGCAGCAGUACUUCCUCUACGCCUGGAAUAUAUUCGACUUCAUCAUCGUACUCGUCUCAAUCACAGACAUAGUGAUAGAGGCGGUGGUCGACAGUAAGACCAUGUUCCUGAAACCCGGGACCCUCCGAGUAAUCAGACUGUUUCGAAUAGGACGCGUGCUUCGACUCAUCAAGGCGGCCAAAGGUAUCCGGAAACUCUUGUUUGCCUUCCUGAUUUCAAUCCCCGCUCUUUUCAACAUCGGCAUGCUUCUCACAUUGAUGCUGUUCAUCUACGCACUUAUCGGCAUGUCGCUCUUCGGCUACACGAUACACAACGGGAUGCUGAACGACCGUGUGAACUUCGAGACAUUCUCGAGUUCAAUGACCCUUCUCUUUCGACUGAUGACGUCAGGAGGUUGGAAUGAGAUCCUGGAAGCUCUUAUGGUCGAUAACGAGACGACCGACUGCGACCCUGACAUGGCCAUGGCCGGAAUCGCGGGCAACUGCGGUGUGAAAUGGGCGGCCGUCGCAUACAUGGUCAGUUUCCUACUUGUGACGUUUCUGAUUGUGAUCAACAUGUACAUUGCUGUCAUUUUGGAGAACUUCAACCAAGCGCAUCAACAAGAAGAAAUCGGAAUUACAGAAGAUGACCUUGAAAUGUUUUACUCUGUCUGGCAGAGAUAUGAUCCCCAAGCUACCGAGUACAUACACUACCUGUUGCUACAGGACUUCUGCGAUGACCUUGACCCCCCGUUUAGGCUGCCGAAGCCAAAUGGUAUUAAAAUUGUGACUCUGAAACUGCCGAUAAACCAGGACGAAAAAGUACACUGUCUUGACAUUCUGAAAGCACUUGUUAAGAGUGUAAUAGGAGAUUUUGACGACAGUGAGCAACUAACCGAACUGCAAGGAAAGAUUGAAGAGAAGUUCAAGGAAAGUUUCCCGAAUCUGAAGAUCAAAGAAAUAAAAUCGGAUACUUUCAGACGAAAGCAGGAAGAUCAUGCUGCUAGGAGAAUCCAAAAGGCAUGGUUCCAUCACAAGUUCAGACAAAAUAUUCGGAGAGUUUCUUCUACUUAUAAAACCCUGCAGUUGAACCGAUCUAAUAUGCCGUCGGGAAUUGAAUCCGAUUCGAACUCGGUGAAUAGCCGAAGCAAUUAUCCGGAAACAAUGAGUGACCAACCGGGUAAUACGACACAACCCGAGAUUAGUAUCAUUCAAGCACCGGGACCAUCUUCGCCUACUAACUUCUCUACCCCUCUAAUUAAUAAAACUCCCGCAACACCUAGAGUCUCAAAGAAACCCAUAGCACCACCUGACCCCAAAACCAACCCUGGCACCCUUUCGAUAUGAAAAUAAUUUCAGUUUGGUUGUGAAAAAAAAUAACCCAACUGGAGAUCUUAGUGCAAUACGAGAAAGCUGGCAAUUCCCCUUUUAUCGUCCUAAAUCGGUGCUAGUUUCAACCCGAAAACCACAACCCGAAACAGUUGCAGGCAUGAUUAAUUAUCGGCCAAGUGACCGUCGGCAAAACUCUUCUAUGACUGGAAACAUACUCGAGUCACAGGCAGUUACGAUAACAAAAAAACUCCUUUUGAGGCCAUCAUUUUGUUAAAUUUCUCUUUUUUCUUCUCAUCUGUCUUUUCUCACUCAUUCGUGCCUUAAUCUUCCCUAAAAUGUAGCAGUUACUGAAUAAUCGGAGUGGAGGAAGGUUAUCAUUAACCCACCAGUUAAAAAAGAUCAGUGAAAAAAAUCGGCAAAAAUUGAUGGAGUGCAUUUUGGGUGCUACACAUCAUGGCAUUCUUCAUUUCUUCAUG